AUGCCUGCGAACGGCAUCACUGUUAUUUUUUCUCCUUACCAUGUUGGAAUCCGGGACCAUAGGGUUGGGAAUGGCCCAAAUCGCAUCCGGAGUCUUGGGAUUGUCCGGAGUCUUGAAAAUUUGGGCGUCAAUGUCAACUUCGAGCUACUUCGUCGUUUAUCCAAGGCAGUGACAAAUGCAGUAGCCGACAACACGUUCCCCUUAGUUCUAUUUGGUAACUGUAUGGCUAGUGUCGGCAUUGCCUGUGGUCUUCAGACCAGAGAUUUGAAUUUCAUAUAUUUCGAUGCACACGACGAUCUCGACUCUCCCGAUGUCAAUGAGAAUGGAUACUUUGACGCCAUGGGACUCCCCAUGCUUCGAGGAGAGAGUUGUAAAACCCUCACCAAGACAAUUCUUGGAUAUGAGCCGUUUACGUAUGAUGGAAAUUUCCUCUACUGUGGGUUACGGGACCAGUCCGAUGUGCAGCGCCAGCGAGUUAUUGAUGCUGGUAUGGCAUCUAUCUGGGGGGGAGUUGACCAGAAGGUUGAUUUUGCGGCUGAAUUAAAACGUCACCUUGAUGAGAAAUCAUUUGGACCGUCUCUCGUUCACCUCGAUCUUGACGUGUUAGACGAGUCUUAUGGUAAAGUCAAUGACUAUCCUUCCCCGGGCGGCAUGUUUGAAACUGAAUUGAUUACGUGUAUGGGCAUUGUGCCCAAGAAGAGCAACCCUAAGUCACUCACUGUGUGCUCUUUCGAUCCUAAUGCGGGUGAUGGUGACAAGAUUGGCCAGAUUGCCAUUCGUGCAAUUACUCGCUUUGUCGAGUCACUGUUAGAAACUGCAGCCUUGAGCAAGGCCUGA